AUGAUCGAGGAUUAAGCUAACUUAGAAUUAUAAAUCUUUGGUCCAUAAAUUACUUAAAUCCCUGAUUUAACUUAAUAUUAGAAACAACAUUUGGAUUCAUAAGAAUCCUUGAGAUCUAUUGAAAGUCCUCAUAUUUAAUCGAAUCGUUAUUUUGUAAGCAGCAAACGGAGGUUAUAGAGAUUAACAAGAAUAAUCAAUCCAUCUUAGAAUAAUUAACUUAAGUUAGAGUAAAAGAUAAACCCUAAAAUAGAUGAAAAUGAGUAAUUCUCCAGACUUGUAAGAAAAAAUAGACUUAUAUAAAAAUUCAAAUAAAAUUUGCUUUUGAACUCUUAUAUCCUUCCAAAUGCUUUGAAAACCAAAAUUUUAUCAUUAGAAUAAUAUAUUCAACCCUAGACCUUUCGAUUUUUAUAGAGUAUUUAUUUUGAUUUAUCUAGAUAGAAUAUGGUUAAACAAAAUUAUAAUCAGCAAUAUUAUUGCCUUAAAGUCCUUUUUUGUAUUUUUGGGAUUUAAUAGCAUUAUUAGCUAGUUUGUUAGCUUUGUGGAUUUGUCCUUUUUUAUUAAGUUUUUCUUUUGAUGAAUACUCAUUUCCAAAAAUCAUAAUAGGACUUAUAACACAUUUGAUAAUAGAUAAUAUUUUGGCCAUAAAUAGAGCAUAUAUAGAAUAAGGAGAAGUAAUAAUUGAUAGAAAACAUAUACUUUAAUAAUAUAUCAAUCAUUAAGCUAUAUUUGAAAUAAUCUCUUUAUUAUUAUGGAUAGGUAUUUAUCCAAACAUUCUUAAGGAAUUUAAUUCAUCGAAAUAAAUAUUGUUGAUUAUGUAAAACAUAAUAGUAUUAAUUAAAUUAAAAAGAACCAAUACUAAAAUGGAAAAUAUUUAUUUAAAACAUACUCUUAGUAAUGCUGCAGAUUUAUUAACUCUAAUUUUAUCAAUAUAUUAUUUUGCUCAUUUUAUGGCUUGUCUCUUUCAUUAUGUAGGAGUAAUUAGUGAAACUAAUGAAUUGACUUGGUUAAUUUAAAGAUAAAUAAGACAUGAAUCAGUAUGGAUUAGAUAUAAUACAUCAUUUUAUUGGGCAACAAUGACAAUUACAACUGUAGGUUAUGGAGAUAUUACUCCUGAAAAUUAAAUAGAGAUGUUAUUUUUUAAUUUAAUGAUGUUGCUUUCUAGUUUUUUAUUUGCAUAUUCAAUGAAUUCAAUAGGAAUCAUUUUAAGAAAUCUCUAUGAGCAAAAUAAAAAUUAAAAGUAAAUAUUAUACUAAAUUUAGACGUUCAAUAUUAUAAUUGAAUAAUUAUAUGAAUCAUAAUUAAGUUGAUCUCUCAUUACAAAUUAGAAUUCGUAAUUAUUUAAAACAUAAAAUGGCUAAUAUGAAUUAUGAAAAGAUUGAAUUUAUUAAUAAAACUAUUUCUGAAUUACCUUAAGGUUUAAGAUUCGAAUUAAAUCAAAAUAUAUCAGAAAAAAUUAUGAAAUCUAUUAAAAUAUUUUCAGAUCAAUUUUCGAAGAUUACAUAAAAUGCAUUAACAUAAAAAAUGAAAAGAUUACUGUUUUAACCAGAAGAAUAUAUUUAUCAUUAAUAUGAAAUUGAUGAUUAAUCCUUGUAAUAAAUAUAUUUAUUUAGAGAUAUUUUGUAAAAGAAGGAAUUAUUGAUAUUUGUGAAGAACAAAGUCAAUAAGUUAUUUAAUCAGUAACUAAAGGAUAGACAUUUGGUGAAUAUUAAUUUUUUACAGGCUUUCCAACAAAGACUUGUGCUUUCAGUAGAACACAAAGUGAAGUAGUAUAAAUUCAUAGAUCCAACUUUUUAAAAUUAAUAAAAGAUGAAAAAAAAGACAUGGAAAGAUUUAAUCAUAUCAAAGAUAAAAUUCUAUUGUAUUCAAAUUAUAACUCUAUUUUGCUCAGUUGUAAUCAUUGUAAUAAAAGUUCACAUCUCAAUAUUAAUUGUCCAUUACUCACAUAUUAACCUGAUCUAGAAGCUAUAAUAAAAAAGUCAAAUAUCAUUAAGAAUCCAUAAAAGAGAAUGGGUUAUCAUAGAAAAGGUGAUAAAAUAAACACUAGAAGAAUGUUGAAUACUAUUCAAGAUUCUCUCAAUAAAUUUUAAUCAGAAUGUUAGAUUAAUUCAGAAGAUGAAUAAUCUAGAUAUAUGUCUCCAGAUUACAACAGUCGUAUAAAUUAUAGAAAAAAAUCAAUAAAGAAACCUCAUUAAAUGAUUUCAAUAUCAAAUACUGUUAAUUCAGAUAAGGAAAUGAUUCCUUCAGAUAGGCAAAUUUAAAUUCUUACAUCUAAAGAAAAUUUUGAAAAAAAAAAAACUACUCCUUCUAAAUUUCUCAUAUAAGGUGAAGAAUCUACAUAUAAAGAAUAAAAUAAGGAUAUGGUUUAAGAAUUUGAGACAAAGUUUCAAUUCCAUCAUAUCAAUAUAGAUUAAAUUAAAAUUUUUUAAGAGUAUAUGCCAUACAAUAAUGUCAAUAAUGUAAUUAAAGGUCUUGAGUAGAUAAAUAAUACAUUAUAAUAUAAAAAUCGAUAUAAAGAAUCUGAAAAAUACACUUUUAAUUAUUUAGCAAAAUAACAAUCUUUUAAUUUAAGAAAAUGGUAUGAUAAUAAAUUUAAAUGA